AUGAGUUCUUCGCGCGCAGUUCAUCAUUUUGUAUCCCCUGAGAGAGAGGUCAAUGCCGGCAUCUGGUCCCUUUUCGGCGGUGCGACUGUAUGUCUGGUUCUUCGACUUUGGUGCAAGCUGAGGAGACAAGGCCUUUGGUGGGACGAUUAUAUACUGAUACUUUCCUGGGUGGUUCUUCUAACAACCGACAUCUUUAUAUCCUACGAAUUUGCGACCGGAUAUGUCGUCAAGACUUGGAAUGAUCGAAUGUUGAUUCUCGUAUCCAUAUCAUCCUGCCUCACUACCGCCGGCCAAACAUGGAGCAAAUCCGCAUUUGCAGUGACUCUUCUAAGGAUGACAAACAAAUGGCAAAAAUUAAUAUGCGUAGCCACCCUCAUCAUCCUCAACGUUUUCCUCGUCCUCAAAGUCUUUGUGGAUUGGUCCAGAUACUGUGGUAAAUCCGGAUAUCAGAACUGGUGGAGGAUGCCUGGUUUCUGUGUUGAUUACCAAGCAGCAGCUAACAUCAAGGUUGGGGGAAAUAUCUUCAAUAUUGUGGCGGACUUUGUGCUGGCUCUAUUCCCAUGGAUGGUCACAUGGAAAUUGAGGAUAUCGUUGAAAGAGAAGAUCGCUCUUUGCAUCACGAUGAGUCUUGGGGUUGUGGUCGCUAUCAUCUCAGCUAUAAGAACUGCUUGGAUGAAGGAUCCAAGUGUCGAUGCCUAUAAUGACUACUAUUUUUGGCGCCAAGGACUGUCCAUGGUCUGGUAUUCCGCCGAGGUCGCUGGCACCAUAAUCGUGCAAUCUAUCCCGCUAAUGCGACCCCUCGUAAACGACAUGCACACCUCUCUCGCCUCCAAAAAGCUAGGAUCCGGCGCGGACGGCAAAAGUUACGGCCCGGGAAAAUCAAACAAGAGUACGAACCGACGAACUCUGACUCUGAUCUUGCAAGGGUGCGAUGUAAAAGAUGACGAAAAUGAUUUAGAAAAUCAGAAGAGAGUUGACGUGGAUCGAAUGCAUUUAACUCAGGAUGAGAAUGGGAAGAUUGUACUUAGGAGAAGAACCGACUCAGGGGGAGAUGUAAACGCGUAUCAAAACAGUCGCGUGACGAGGUCUACUAAGAGAUUGGAGGAGGAAGAAAUAGGAUUGACCGAGGAUCAAAAGGACAGGAUGGUGGUGAGUACUGAAUAUCACGCUAAUGGAGGAUCGUUGGAGGAUAUUCCGGAGUACCAUCCUCAGGGAGAGUCGCUGGAGGAGAUACCCGAAUGCCGUACGAUUGGAGGCAAGGAGCAUAUCCCCAUGACGGAAUUUCAUGCUGUCACUUGUUAA